AUGGGGAUUCCUGAGUUGUGGGAUGUCUUGAGACCGGGAUUUGACCAGAGAAUAACAUUAGAUGAGCUAGUUGAGCAAUACAUUAGGAAACUCGGACGACCUCCAAGAGUAGCCAUAGAUGCAUACAUGUUUAUCUUCCAAUCCGACCAUAGCUCCAUUUCAACCGAGGAUAAAGAUAGGAUAUUGAUCCAGAACUUCAUGUCAAAGAUCCUUGCCUUAAUUGGACUAAAUAUUUCAGUCAUUGUGGUAUUUGAUGGUAUUUUGAAACCAGACAAGACUGGUACAGGUGAAGCGUCAGAUUACGAGAAAGAAUUGGACAAGCUUCAGCUUAUGACAGACUUUUCCGACCAAAACCCAUUUGUUGAGCAACUAAAAGAUGUUUUAUCAGUCAACAAGAUUGAAUAUUUACAAGCAGUGGGGGAAGCAGAGGCGCAAUGCGCUUACAUACAGAAAUUGGGCAUUGUGGACUUUGUGAUAUCUAACGACGUUGACAGUUUGGUCUUUGGGGCCACUAAGGUUUUGAGAAACUACAGUCGAUUUUUUGAGGAUGUCGGUCCAUCUCCAACGAAAAAGGCGGCCACCUUGAAACGAAAAUACUACGUCACACCAGUGAAUAUGAAGCGGGUUGAAGAUAUAACAGGACUCUCUAGAGCCAGGUUAGUGUUUUUAGCCUCGCUAAGAGGAGGUGAUUACUCAUCAGGAAUAAAAAAAAUGGGCAUUACAAAUGCCAAAAACUUGGCACUAAGUGGUACAUUAUCUGGCAAGUUCUACAAUCGGUCCUUAACCAAACAGGAAUUGAAAGAGGCAAGAAACGACAAACUAAUUGCUACAGAACCGCCACCCGAUUUUGCAGAAGAGCUCGAAAACUGCUUUGUCGAAAAAGAUAUUGCGUCAACUUGUCCAUGGGAAGCUAGAAAAGAUAAACAAACGAGACAAGUUUUGUUCUCCAAGUUGUUGGAAAACCUCAAUGAGUCAUUGCAAGUUUCUAAUCGUGAUAUAUUUGGACGAGGCGUUACCAUCACAGAGCGUUUUGCAUUUGAUGAGUAUUUUGUGCUCUUGUAUUUCUUCCCACUCGUGCAAACCCAGUUACCCGUAUUUCUCCCUUGGACUCUAAGUUCAGGAGAGCUUGAGACAAAUUUUCAAAUUAGAGUUGGAACACAAUUGAAGGAGGUGUUUUUUCGACUGAGUGAAAUCGAGACCCUAGACUUUGACGAAGACACAUCUUUGAUAGAGCUGAGUAGUGAACACCUUUUUGUUCCCCAGACGUAUGGCUGGCAAGUCAAGCACAUUGUCUUCAAAUUGGCAUCGUAUACUUCGAUGAUACAAAUUACUAAUGAGAAAAUAGAGGAUGGUAUUGAAAAGGUUAUGCUCAAGUACGACGAAAGUGAAGUCCGCAGCACAUUUCCAAUGUCCGUUGAGGCUAGACGAGUUUUCGAGUCACCAGAAAAGUGCAAGAAAGAUGAUGGUACAAUGAGUUACAUUUGGGCUCCCACAUCCUUGGUAAAAGUGUAUUGCCCUCGAUUACUUGCUGAAUAUCACCAAAACAAGAAACAACAACUUUACCUUAAGGAACACAAGCUACUGCCUCAAAAGACUACUUUGGAUAUGUUGGAAAAUUCUCCAACAAAAAGGUCAAACUAUGGACUCAACUUGUUGCAACCUGUUCCUUUCGAAAUGAAGCCAUCGAUUUCUCCUCCAAAACGUCUUUCACCAAAGGGGAAAGUAAGAAAAUUGCCAACAAGGAAACAAGGUAGUGCAGCUGAGGGUCAAAGCCAACUAGAUUACUUCUUCAAGGCAAAGAAAGAUUUAGAUAACAAUCCAUUUCUUUGA